AGCCUGCAUGCACAACACAUAAAGAUUCCAUUCUUUGGCCUCAUCAGUCUCCAAGACCAAUGGCAUCUCCCACGGCAUCUGAGGGUCCAUUUUCCUGCCGAGCUUGCAGAAAGACCUUCCCUCUCCAGCGCAUGUUGACCCGUCACCUGAAAUGUCACAGUAUCCAGAAGAGACAUCGCUGCCCCUGCUGUGGUAAAGGCUUCAAUGACACAUUCGACUUGAAACGCCACAUGAGAACACACACCGGAAUAAGACCCUACAAGUGUCCAGCAUGUGACAAGUCCUUUACUCAGCGCUGCUCACUGGAGUCUCACCUGCGCAAGAUCCAUGGUGUAUUACAGAGCUAUGCCUACCGCCAGCGCCGCUCCAAGAUCUACGUAUGUGAGGACUGUGGAUUUACAUCGACCAGUUCAGACACCUACAACCUGCAUGUUCUUGAGGUGCAUCCAAACAACCCAAUGCUCUCCAGGCACUUACGGAAAAGAGGAACUGGAGGUUUGCGAGGAGAGAUGAGUGUUUUGCACUAUCCAACAUCAUGUUACCUCCCAAACCUUGUCCCCACCAGAUGACAGACAACACAAUGAUCUCUGAACAUACCAAACAGUAAAUCGGAGAGCCACAAUAAUCAGCACAACUUUAAUUAAAAAAAUUAAUUUAUUUAAAAAUACAACCUACAAAGAAGCAAAAAAAACUAAGACAUU